GUAGCGAAUCAAAAACAAAAUCUUAAAACUAACAAAAUCCUCGGCGACAAAGAGUAGAGUAGAGAGAGAGAGAGCACUACAAAGGCUUCGUUCCUUCCGCCGGAGAUGGACAACGACUCAGUGGCGUCAUCGCCGAGAUCAGAGUACGAUAACCAGCCACGUGUACGGUUCAUGUGCACUUUCGGAGGAAGGAUCUUGCCUCGUCCGCCGGAUAACCAGCUCUGUUACGUCGGCGGUGACAAUCGUAUGGUCGCCGUUCAUCGUCACACAUCUUUCGCCUCUCUCCUCAGUAAACUUGCUAAACUCUCCGGUAAAAGCAACAUGCGCGUGAAGUACCAGCUACCAAACGAGGAUCUUGACGCGUUGAUCUCCGUAUCAACGGACGAGGAUGUAGAGAACAUGAUGGAAGAAUACGACCGCGUCGCACUGAAUCAAAACCCCCGCUCUUCUCGUCUCCGUCUCUUCCUCUUCGCCAAAAACAUCGCCGGAGAAGAAGAAGAUAACGAUAGUCGAGCAAGCAGCAUCAGCUCUCUCCUCGAUAGCUCCGUCAAUCGAGAGCAGUGGUUCCUCGAAGCUCUCAAUCACGGCUCCUCCGCCGCAUCUAACGGUGGUUCCAGCAAAGGUUUCGAGCGCGUCAGGUCUGAAGUCUCCUCGAUCGUCUCCGAAGUUCCUGAUUACCUCUUCGGGUUGGAUCAUUUCGACGAGACUGCUCCGCCGAACGACCGUGAUCCGAGAGCUAAGAUCCGACGAGAAGCCUCGACGCUUUCGGAUCCUGGCUCGCCUCGUCGUGAUGUUCCUUCGCCGUAUGGUUCAACCUCUUCGGCUCAUGUGAUCACGUCAUCUACACCGGAACUUCCACCGGUUAAAAUUAAACCGGAAAGUCCAGAAACGGUUUUGACUCCAAAAGCCGAUCCUCAACCGGAGCGAGUAAUUCAACAGAUUCCGGUUAACUCGCAAUGGCAGUACGUUGCCCCUGGCCCACAGUUUCAUUACCAACCACCGGUUUAUAUGGUUCAACCGGGCAGUCAUAUGGUUCAACGAGGUAAUCAUAUGGUUCAACAGAAUAAUCAUAUGGCUCAACCGGUUCUAAUGCCGGGUCAGCGUAUUCCACAAUACCAGCAUGUACCGAUGGGAUACCAUCACCAACCACAGCCUCAUCAGAUUCCUGGUCUGGGUCAAGUAUAUGGUGAAACGGGUAGGCCGGUUAUGAUGGCAGUUGAUGGAGUCAGCCGUACUGCUUAUUAUGGUAUGAAUGCAUCCGGUCCGGUUCAGAUGUAUCAUCAUCAACCUGGUAUGGUUGUCCCAGGCGUAGAAGAAAAAUACAGAACUAAAACGGAUUCGGAUCCGGGUGGGGUGUGAAAGUCAUCUUCGUCCUUGAGGCGUGUCUCAGCAUGAACUGUGUAAUACAUUUCUCUGCUUUAUUUAAUCUUUUGUGUAAUUUUGUCAACUUUUUUAUACAAACUACGAUAACAAAAUGAAACCCAAUGUCAACAUCUUGUAAUAAAUAAUAAAUAUACAUCUGUGAUUUGCGACACAA